UAUCGCGCUCGGAACGCGUUCGGUUUUGUAUAGUUGACGGUGCGACGUUCGCAUCACACCGCAGUUGCAGUGCGUUAGUCCGAUCGGUCGGUUCACACUAGCUCCGUACGCCCGCGGUUUCCAUCAUAAAGCGUUGAAACAGUGGCAGUUUGUUUCCAGUGCACACGCGCUCCAAAAAGGUGACAAAAGUAAUAUUCGGUGAUCGCUGUGUUACGGACUCUACCGUACCUGAUAGUACACAGAUUGGUGCCGUAAUAUGCAAGUGAUUUUAAUGGUGUAAAAGCGAAAAAAAAAACAAUUUGAAAGGUGAAAAGUGUAAAAAAAAAAAAAACAUAAAAGAAAGAACAUCAAAAUAAAACAGUGUGGUAAAAUGUGUAGAAAAAUGGCUUCCGGAUUGGGGAAGCGUCCGAUGUUACUGGUGGUACCGGUAGUGCUAGUGUUGCUGCUCCCGGACGGUACUGUACCUGUGGUACAAGCUCAACAAUCAUCCGACCGGACCGGCGCCAUCAUCUUCCCAGACGAGCUGAGCACCCGUUACGAGCAGGAGCGGGAAACGCUCGCGAAGGAGAAGCGCGAAUCUUCCCGGCGCCGCACGGACGAGGCAAGUGACGAAUUGGAUGAAGAUGACGUCCGCUAUGAUUAUGACAAUGGUUCGGAAGAAUUCUACGGGCUACCCAUCGACUAUGCACGUCAGCUGUCCGAACUCAACUCUACCUCCGAUAUACUAAACUUACUCGAUCCGGACUCGAUAGACCAGCGUAUUUUUAUGGACGGUGGAGAAUACAGUGGACGUGACAUUGGAGUUAAUCCAGUACCGGCAGCUUGCGAACCCGAUUCACAACUGGUUAGUCUACGACCGGAAAAUUUGACCAGUUCGCGCUACUACUACUAUCCUUCCUGCACGCGUGUGAAGCGUUGCAGUGGUUGCUGCAAUACAAACCAACUAGUCUGCGAACCUGUCGCUAACCGUACCAUACUGUAUAAGGUAAAUAUUCUGGAGUAUCGAAGUGGCAAAAGGGACAAGUUCUCGCAUUUCGAUCUGGUACCGGUGGAGGAACAUGUCCGAUGCAAGUGUCAAUGUCGCGUGAAGGAAUGGCACUGUACGGAACGGCAGGUGUACAAUCCGAACAACUGCCGGUGCGAGUGUACGAACAAGGAGGACCGUAACCGUUGUCUCCAGGAGCGGCAACUAAAACAGUGGAACCCGAACACGUGUACCUGCGACUGUCUGCCACGGAAUGAGGAGUGUACCAGCGGCUCACACUACGAUCGUAGUGCCUGCAAGUGUCUACCGAACGAAUUCUACGCGCAUGACGGUGUAGCAUCAUACUGGGAUCACCAUCAGCAGCAACUACAGCAGCAGCAACAGCAACGACCCAUCUCCUUAUCACGCUCUGCCGCUUCCGGGUAAUGGAAGGCGGUAGGUAGAGCAGGACAGUAGGAAGCACCCCGGCCCCCCGGAGGCAACCGCGACCUGCGUCGUACUGUUCCACUUCUGACUGUCCGGGAGGUGUUCAACUUACCCAUAUUUUUGUAUCAUUACCAAAACCUGAAGAAAGAAACUCUUCCUAGAUCAAUACAUGUGCCGUGCGGCAUAUGUGCUUAGCUGAUAGUUGUAGCCUUAAGGAAGCAAAACGGAUUGUACUUUAGGAUAAGCUUAGCGUGAUGGGACACGCCAUCUGGCGGACAUAAGUUGUAACUGUCCCGGCUUCGAAGCAGCAGCAGUAAUGGGUUUUGUACUGCAGCAUUUGCAGCGUGUUGCCCGCCUCUGGUUAGGCGAGGGCGAGGUUUGAAGCAGAAACCAUGGCCAGGACGCUCCCGGAAUCAAUCGCUGGAGGAACGUCGGAAGCUGAUCGUGAAACCGAGCCCGGUACUACCUGAUCCGUACUGAUGCUGGGGCCCACUUCACACAUGUGACAACGACAAAUUAAACAAAUACAACAAACAAACAAUCGCGACACGCAACAACCGAAAUGAGGCGCGAACUGCAAGAAAGUGGAAACGAAACGAAGAAGCUACAAACGAAAAUCGCGCCCUUUUUUAUACGAAAAUGUGUAACUUUUUUUUUGUGUAGUACACGCAACACGUUCAAUUCCCCGUUUAAGCCAUACAGAUGCAUUUCUUUUACCUCUCCUGUUGCAUCACUACUACGAUAAAGCACUUCAAAAUGGCGGACAGCUAAAUAAAAUACUAAAUUAAAUGAAACAGAACAAA